AUGCGUAGUGGGUCGUGGCUCGUGGCCCUACUGGGCGCUUCUUUUACAGAUGCUUUGUCUCUAGAAAAACGAGAGACACCUGCUGUGUUCAAUGUGCCAUUAAAACACAAGCAAGCCGCAAAAUAUGCUGCUAAUACUCAAUCAAAGAGGGAAAAUACAGUUCUUCUUUCAACUGGCAACGAUGCACCCCGCCGCAGAGCAUCAAUAGCAUUCCAGACGGUCGGCAAUGAAUGCUGGGUGCCUAGAACGACUUCGCGUGUUUGUGCUAUGAUUCUAGGCGAUGAACAAUGCAGCGGCUCUGGUGGCUAUAACAAAAGCCUUUCUACUAGCAUGAAUAAUCUACACUCCAAUUUCACUGUUAGCAAGUCGAUUAGACGAUCCCUGGACAUUACUGGAGAAUUUGUGAGCGAUACUCUUGUCAUUGGAGACACAACCGUGGAGUCUAUGAAAAUCGGGAUUUUGAACGUGGAUGCCACCCAGAACAUUAUCAGCUUGGGAUAUGGCGAAACAAACUGGUCUUUUAUCUCCCUUACUGAAGCAUUGGUUGAUGCUGGGACCAUUAAAUCCCCAGCCUUCAGCAUGUAUAUGGAAAAUCCUCUAUCUACGGAAGACUCGCAGGAUGAGAAACCAGGUACUCUUCUUUUUGGUGGUGUGAACAAAUCUAAAUACAAAGGCACACUCCACACACUUCCCAUCAUCAACAAUCCUACCGAUGGUAGGAAAACUUUCCGGAUCAGCAUGACCAGUUUUUCCAUCAAUGAGACUCCGAUUUUCCCCGAGGGAGUUUCGAUACAAGCUCUACUUAACUCCGCAUUUUCUUAUACCUAUUUUCCGGAAUCCAUCGCACAGAAGAUCUUCUCUCAAGUUGGCAUCGCUGAGAUCCAAACGGUUGGGCGAACCUCUGUCCCAUGCAAUAUAACUUCUAGUAACACAAAACUCACGUUCGAAUUCGGAGUAGCUAGUUUUAGGCUAGACAUCGGUCCGUUUAUAGAGACACAUAGCGUGUUCAAUGAUGAGGAUCCCUGCUAUUUGGGCAUUAUCGCGCAAGCUGAGACCAAAGGCACAAACAGUGUUGUGCUUGGGGCAAAUUUCCUUCAACAAAUCUAUACGGUCUAUGAUAUGGGCAAUGACGAAGUCUCUUUAGCGCAGAGGAACUGGGACUCUGACGAAGAUGAAAUCCUCGAAAUCACGACUGGCAAGGAUGCAGUUCCUGGGGCUACAGCAGAACAAGAUGUUUCAGGUGAUGCUAAUGACACGGAAGCUGAAGAUGAUAGUGAGGAGAAAAAAUCCAUCGGCUUCCGCAUUGGCGAAGGCGCAGGCUUAAGGCUCUCCCUCUGUAUCUUUGUGGUCUGCGCUCUCUUUUGUUUAUUGGACUCGAUGUACAAUAUGUUCUUUUACCUUCUUCGCCAUAAAGCCUUGAACACUUUAUUGGGCGCAUAUGAUGAUAAUAAUUUGUUGAUUUGGAUCCAUUGA